GAAAGUCAAAGUUCAAAGCUUAUCAUCUGCCGGUGGAUUCCAAAUGUAACCUUCCCUUUUAAUUUAUCUACGACGAAGAUUAUUUCCUCUUUGGUAUGCGUUUCGAAUCUUUUCUCCAAUUGUGUCCAAUGUUCCUCAAACCCGAUGUUCCCCCUCAUUUCAUAUCUCUUACCCCUCCUAAAUGAUGGAGAAGAACUGAUAGGGAUUGAUAAGAAAUGAUCCGAGAAGCACACACUACCAACGCAUUAUCAAACUGUAUCGAGUAUCUUCAAACAUGGGGGCGCGAGAGGAGGCAGAGUGACGAUAACGCUUCCAUUCAUGGUCGAUUUUGUGGACUAGUGAUGAUCCUCAGAUAGCAUCUACCUCACACAUGCAUGUCCGACGUUACUGCAGCCCAGUAUUUGUACUGCAGUUCUAUCACGGUGAUGUCUGUGAUCCCUUCAUUUCUUCGUUGAUCAUUCAGUGAAAUCAUCAUCAUCAUACAUUAUUACACUGUUCCAGCUGUAUCUUGCACUCGUCAACAUCAUCCUUGAUCAUACGCUUCUUUCGUUGGCUCAGCACUAGUAAUUAUUGAUCCUUUAUUUACUCGGGGCAGCCGGUGUGUGAGUGACUGCCUGUCAAAGUUAUCGUCUACACUAUGGCGGACCCAAUCGAUGAAAAGCAUCAAUACACCGACUCUGAUGAUAUUAAGAAGAAGUCACAGGACUUAGAGCGAAAUGUUACCUUGGGUGAAGGGGAAUUGCAGGAUCCCAUAUUCAAGCAUGCUGAUCCAAAUGACGGCGAUGAAGCGCUUAAAGCCUUUGCUGGACACGAUGGCGAAGUUAUUGUCAUGACGCCAGAGAUGGAAAAGAAAUUGUUGAGAAAAAUUGAUUGGAAUUUGAUGCCGAUGCUCUGUGUUGUGUAUGGGCUCAACUAUCUCGACAAGACCACACUUUCCUAUGCGAGCAUUAUGGGGAUGAAAACCUCACUUGAUCUUAAGGGUGAUAAUUAUCAAUGGCUAGGAUCAAUGUUCUACAUCGGCUACUUGGUCUGGGAGUAUCCCACCAAUCUUUUACUACAGAGAUUGCCACUCGCUAAAUGGUCAUCGUUCAAUAUCAUAGCUUGGGGUGGGACUCUGUGUUGCAUGGCCGCGACAAGCAAUUUUGCGGGCGCCGUGGCUGUGCGCUUCUUUCUGGGAGUUUUCGAGGCUGCAGUAACUCCUGGCUUUACUCUUUUUACAUCCCAGUGGUAUACGCAAAAAGAGCAAGGCCUAAGAACUGGAAUAUGGUUCAGUUUCAAUGGGUUCGCUCAAAUAUUUGGUGGUCUCGUAGCUUACGGCAUCUCAGUUGGUGUUAAAAAACACGGAUCUACCAUUGCUUCGUGGAAGAUUGUGUUCUUGGCCAUUGGUCUGUUGACAGUAGCCAUCGGUUGCAUAUUUCUAUAUUUCAUGCCGGAUAAUCAGUUGAAUGCCAAGUUCCUUACUCCACAAGAAAGACUUAUGGCUGUCGAGCGUAUCAGAAAGAACCAGCAAGGUGUGGGCAAUAAACACUUUAAAAUGUAUCAAUUGAAGGAAGCUCUUGCCGAUCCGGUAACUUGGGCGUUCGUAUUUUAUGGAUUAGUAGCAGAUAUUCCUAAUGGUGGAAUUUCCAACUUCUUUUCCCAACUUAUCGUCUCAUUUGGUUACACUCCUGAUGAAUCACUUCUUUAUGGAACUCCGGGCGGUGCUGUCGAAGUUAUAGCCCUCAUUUUAUGUGGUUAUCUUGGAGAUAAAUAUGGACACAGACUUCUGAUCUCCAUAUCUGGUCUCUUGAUAGCGAUGCUAGGCAUGAUACUUAUAGUUGCUCUCCCUUUGUCCAACGACAGUGGUCGUUUGGCGGGCUAUUACCUAACACAAGCUUCACCAACACCAUUCACUGCACUUCUCUCCAUGAUAUCGAGUAAUGUCGCAGGUUACACCAAAAAAACAACAGUUGCAGCCCUUUAUUUGGUUGCUUAUUGUGUAGGAAAUAUAAUCGGCCCUCAAGUAUUCAGACCAUCAGAUGCGCCACGAUAUAAACCAGCGGAAAUAACCAUCAUCGUAUGUUAUGGGGUCUGUGCCCUGGAUGUGGCUUUCAUUUCUUGGUACUACAACAGGAUGAACAAGAAGAAUGAAGCUAUUAGAGCCGCGCCAGGUUACAAAAAGCUGGAUAAACAAGAGUUUCUCGAUUUGACGGAUAAGGAAAAUCACGAGUUUGUCUAUGCCUUGUAGACUUAUCAAGCUCGCGAUGCUCUUGGAUUCAUAUUAGUACAUAGACUUUCAGCUAGAGUCUUGGUUCAUUCUUCUAUUGCUUCAAAUCUUCGGAGAUGUAUCAGAAAAAAAAAGAUAAAGCACAUACUUAAUCGCAAAGAGAAGAGAUAGAAGGCCGAUAUUCAAUAGACUGAACGAAGCUAAGACCUGGUGCAACCAACCAUAUUAAUUAGCAUCGGCCAUUGGUUAUAUUGGAAAAAUCUGUAGGAGCCAGACAACA